AUGUUUGGUGCAUUCAAGUCAACCCUCGUUACCUUGGGCGGGAUAGUAUGGAAGAGACGGUUUCGAUUAACAGAGCGACAAAAGUACCGUCAUCGACUACGAUUGAGACAAGUGGACGAUGUCGUUGAUGCUAUAGCUACUUCGGGCGUUCAAAUACGUGCUUUGGAAAUGGCACAAAGGGAACCUAGAGAGAAUGAAAUGACGUCAAGUCAGAAAUAUUGGGUCUUUUCGAAACGGUAUAGAGGGUCUGUCAAGCCUGCUCAUUGGGUUCCAAAAUGGACUAAAGCACGAUUCGUGAGAACACCACCUGAAACAGCAAUUCAUGCACCCAAACCAUCUUUAUAA